CUUGAUAACUCCCUUCACAACAGCGCUGCUCAGCGGCGCGUAAGAAGUGUGAAUGCCCUGACUUCUGCAGAGUCCAUAUCACCCUUAAUACUGCACCACCAAUGCAGACUUGGUGAAGGUAAUACCUUAAAAUUGGCUGCCAACCGCCAUAAUUACAAAUAAAAAAAAUCCACAGAAGAAUUAAGUAGCGGUUGUGGGAGUGACGCACAUUUGAGUGACAUCGAAUUGGACCAAUCUUUGGAAGGCUGGCUUUCCGGAAAAUGUCGGCGCACCCGAGUGAGGUUCCUGUGUGCGGUUUAGAACGAUAACCUUGCAAAUUCAUACUGUCCAGUUGCACCAGUUGGUCUCUCUCCUCAGAUCUGUGGGUCUACCGGGACGCUGCCGUGAGCAUGGAGGAGAGGCGCUUCGCUGAAGUCCCCAGAGAGUCUGUCAAACUCAUGGCUGAGAGUGCGGGAGUAGAACUCAGCGACGAUGUGGCUGCAUUGUUGGCUGAAGAUGUCUGCUACCGGCUUAGGGAAGCCACACAGAGCAGCUCUCAGUUCAUGAGACAUGCCAAGAGGAGGAAGCUGACAGUAGAGGACUUCAACAGAGCACUGCGCUGGAGCAAUGUGGAGGCCAUAGCCGGCUACGGUGCGCAAGAUGCCCUACCUUUCCGACCGAUCAAGGAGGGCGAGCUAUUCUUUGUGGAUGACCGUGAUGUCAACCUGGUUGAACUUGCCCUGGCCACCAACAUACCCAAGGGCUGUGCCGAGACCAUGGUGCGAGUGAACGUGUCUUAUCUGGAUGGGAAAGGCAACCUGGAGCCUCAAGGUACAGUUCCCAGUGCUGUACAAACUCUCUCGGAGGAUCUGCUCAAGUACUACCAGCAGAUCACCCGGGCCAUACUAGGAGAGGACCCACACCUUAUGAAGGUGGCUUUGCUGGAUCUCCAGUCCAACUCCAAGAUUGCUGCCCUCCUGCCAUAUUUUGUAUAUGUCAUCAGUGGGGUGAAGUCUGUGAGCCACGACCUGGAGCAGCUGAACCGUCUGCUGCACAUGGUGAAGAGUCUGGUGCAGAACCCCUACCUGUACCUUGGCUCCUACGUGCGUAGCCUGGUGUCCAGCGUCAUGUACUGCAUCCUGGAGCCGCUGGCCGCCUCCAUCAACCCCCUCAAUGACCACUGGACCUUAAGGGACUACGCAGCACUUCUGCUCAGCCACAUCUUCUGGACCCAUGGAGACCUGGUCAGUGGUCUGUACCAUCAGAUUCUGCUGUCUCUGCAGAAGGUUCUGUCAGACCCGGUCCGCCCGCUGUGUUCUCACUAUGGAGCUGUCGUGGGGCUACACGCACUCGGGUGGAAGGCUGUUGAGCGGGUGUUAUAUCCACACUUGCCAGCCUACUGGGCUAACCUGCAAGCUGUCCUGGAUGAUUACUCCGUCUCCAACGCCCAAGUGAAAGCAGACGGACACAAGGUCUACGGAGCCAUCCUGGUGGCGGUGGAGCGCCUGCUGAAGAUGAAAGCCCUGUCUCUGUCCCAACCAGCGGAGGGGAGCAGCAGCGCCCAGCCGGGCUCUGGGGGCGUGAUGGGUUUCAGGGUGAGUUCCCCCGGGCUCAGCCCCCCUCCAGAGCCCCUCUCCGAGGCCGCCCUGGGCAUCGCCAGCCACCUGCAGGGACCUGGGGGGGCUGGCACCCCCUGGGAUGACUGGACCCCCGUCCCCCUGCCCGCCAUGUACUGUGAGCUCUACUCCUUCUUCGGUGACAGCCUGGCGGUACGCUUCAGCACGGGUCCCAGCUUGGGAGGUUGCCCCCUGUCAGCCCCCUCCCAGCCCCCUGAUACGAGGAAGGAGCCCCCUGGUCCCGCUGCUAACCCAGACACCACGCGCAAGAUGCCUCAGCUCACUGCUAACCUCAACAUCAGCCCCCGGCAAGACGGGAGCCCUCGCACUGAGCCCGCCCCACCUAGUCUAGCUGCCACUGCUCCAGGAAGGUCCCUGGCUCGCUCUUCCUCCUCAUCCUCCAUCCAGCGCAGAAACUCCUCCUCCCGGCCGGGACAGCGCUCAGCAGGUCCAUCCCGCGACGUGUUCACCAAGGCCCGUUUCCCCCCUCCUCAGACCGGACCCCCCACAUUCUCCUUCCUCAUCGGGGGACGUCAGAUGGGCCGGCGUUGCCAGGGUCGCCGCUUCCAGACCAGCUUCAGCUCUCCCCCACCCCUGUCCACUGUACCGCCCCGUGCCUACGCCCACAAGCUGCCCGUCAUCGGGAGGGUUGGAAAACCGGUGCGCCGAUGGACCUGCUCCCACUACUCCCUGCACCUGCCCCUCUGAGAAAGAGAAAAGUGAGACUAUGGUUGGGGGUCAAGACCUUGGAACAAGGCUGAGGCUAACUCACUGCUCAGUAGUGCAGGUGGAGUUCCCUAUAUCCUCCCUCCCUAUUCGGCCUAUGACAUAAGAGGUAGACUAGGACUAGAGGAUAGCCACAUUAGGUGGGAGGGACCCUACUGGAGUCGCAUAAGAGACACUGACUCAUGUACACAUUGUUCUAGAGCUCCGAUUUUCCAACCUGAAAAUCACUGACGUCAUGAUUUGACCUCAUUUGUUCUUGAGUUCCCAGUUGUCUUGAAUGCACCAUAAGGACGCUACUAAUUUGACAACUUCAGACUAACGGGCCUGGUGUGUGUUGAAUAGUGGGAUCCAUGGAUAUGGAAGGAGUAUUCGCACCGAGCUGAGAGCUUGACACCGUCUUAAAACAUGGACAAUGUAUUUUCUAUGUACCUGAGUAAUUUUACCAACCUGUACAUGUAUAUGGACGAUAGCCAAUAUCCUAAAAUAAAUAUUCUUACAAUAUUACAUAUUUUCCACAUUUGUUAUUUACAGUGAAAUUCAAACUUGAUAUGUUUUCGACAGUUUUUUCCUAUUUUAAUUUGAGUUAAUUCAUUUCCAGAAUUGACAUUCUAUGGAGUUCUCAAUGAGUGGAAUGGUGUUUGAAUUGUGUUUUAAAUAUUUAAAACAAGUGGCUCACCUGCGUCUGAGUGUUUGGUUACCUCCACUAGCGAUACACAGCAAGGUCAGUCCGACAAACAACCAUGAUCUGUUGGGUCGACUCGUCCCAGAGGUUCUGUCGGAAGCAUGCCUUCUGGUUCCUGCUCCUCAGCUACGUCCUCUUCACACUCUUUGGGGGUCUGGUGCUCAUGGCUAUUGAGCAGCCCCAGGAAAACAAGCUCAGAGCACAGGUCCUUGAACUCCGAGAGAACUUUCUGAGGGACAACUACUGCGCACCGGAGAGCAGGCUGGAUACAAUUAUCGUGAAAGCGUCCUUUUCUGCUAAUCGAAACAUUGCUGUCUUAGAUGCACACAGAGAUGAUUGGAGCUGGGAUUUUAUCUCGUCCAUGUUCUUUGUGAUCAAUGUUUUGACUGUCCGUGGUAAGAAGAACAAAUAAAUAAAGCUAGUUGAUUCCACA